CACAGCAAAAGUCACUCUCGUAAAUACAACACAACAAACAUACAUAGAGAAAUUCACUCAUAUAAAAAUCAUCACUUCAAAUAAAGCUAGACCUAGAAAGAUCCAGAGGUAGCUACGGAGAGAAACAAAGCUCAUGGCUGGUUUGCAAAGAUCUGAGGUGUCUUUCAGGAGACAGGGUUCAUCAGGGCUUGUUUGGGACGACAAGUUAUUAUCAGGGGAAUUGAACAAGAACGAAGACCCAAAGGGUGCUCAUGGUGGUGACCUUAACCUUAACCUUAACGUUAGAACAACACCACCCAUCCAGAGAAGUCGCUCCAACGGCGGCUACCGCACCGGAAAAGUCUCGCCGGCGAUCGAGCCUCCCUCUCCCAAGCUCUCUGCUUGCGGCUUCUGCAGCGCCUUCGGAAAAACAGGGGAAAAGGGUCGUCGCGCAAAGCCCCGUGCAAAGCAUCGAUCAAGGUAGGUUUUUUCUGGUCGCCGGAGAUGCUCUUCAACUUGUCAUGUUUCUACCCAGUUUUAUAGAAGAGUGUAGGGUUUGAGUUUGAGUUCAUAUAAGGAAAAACAGAAUUGUCAAUUGUAGCUCUCCGUUUCUCUUCUGAGUCUCUGUUUACGAGUUUUAGUUUGUUUUUCGUUUUUCUUUUGUUUCUGUGGAAGAAGAUAUUAUGAUGGUUUGUGGUGGGUGGGUGAGUUUGGUUGUAAUUAUGUGUGUGUAUAUAUUUGUUGGGUCAACCAGGAAUUUUGGUCUCUGUACAAAGUAAAAUCUCCAACAAGAUCUAUCUUUCACAGAUUUGGGAUUGGUGCAAUAUGGGCACGUGAUUUAGUAAUCAAAUCCAUAUAUAUUGUCAUUCACCAAAAAUAAAACUCCAUACAUAUAUUGUAUGAGAUCAUAUAUAUCUGAUAAAUAUGAGGAACUUAAAUUUCUA